AUGGAAAAUCCAUCUAAUAAUAAAAUUCGAUUUAUUCCAAUUAAAACUUCAAACACAGCAGAAAACCCAGUAUCACCAAAAGAAGAAGAAAAACAUGACAUGUCCGAAGACGAUCCGGAAUUUUUGCCGGAAAUGUCAAAUAGCCAGAAAAAACGCCAAUCAUACCCAAUAGAUGUUAAAUUAGAAGUAAUUGAAUAUGCAAAGAAAACUUCGAGACAUGCUGCUGCAAGACAUUUUGGAAUUAGUCGAAAAUGUAUCUCUCAAUGGGUUGCUGUAGAAGAGAGACUUCGAGAAUUUAAAAAUGUGACUGCAAAAGGGGCAAAAUUGAGACUUCCGGGUGCUGGGCGUCGGGUACAAAAGCCUGAAACGGAUGAAGACGAAAAAGUAAGGAAAUGUUUCAUUUUGGUAAUAUUGGGUAACGUGACAGGCAUACUUAGAGGCAUGUUUCAGUGA